AUGCGAUCUGUGCAUGACGAAUUAAAAGUCCUACCACCAUCACUCAAACCCUACCACCAUUCGAACUCUACCACUACUACUCGAGCCCACCACUCAAACUCUACCACCACUACUCAAACUUUACUACCAUCACUUGAGCUCUACCACUAUUACUCGAGCCUUACUAUCACUUGA